CAGCGCCAAUCUGAGUGGGGAAGACGGAGGGGGCGGGAGGGCUAGUUUGAAGGGGGCAGACCUUCCGCGAUAACAGCGCUCUUCCCUCUCCUUCAUUUCAGCAUCUUUAGCAAACACUUGGAAAUUCGCUGGUGAAAUAAGAAUCGCAGGGGAAGUUAGUGGAACAUAUCGCACAGAACCGAGGCUAGCAAAGUCAACAGAAAAAGAAAAUAAAGCAACGGAAGAAAGAAUACUGGUUUUUGGGAAGACGGGGAAAUGGCGGGUGUCCUGAGGAAGCUGACGGCGCUCGUGCCAGGCCUGGGUUUGGCGCUGAUGCUGCUGCACCCGGGCGUGCACACCGGGACUGUAGUGGGGCAUAAAGAGCCCAUUCCUGGAGACAGUAAGGAUAACAUCACUAUUUUUACCAGAAUUCUAGACAGGCUACUGGACGGGUACGACAACCGGCUGAGGCCUGGGCUGGGAGAGAGCGUGACGGAGGUGAGAACCAACAUCUACGUCACCAGUUUUGGGCCGGUGUCGGAUACAGACAUGGAGUACACGAUCGAUGUGUUCUUCCGGCAGAGCUGGAGGGACGAGAGGCUGAAGUUCGAUGGACCCAUGCACGUCCUUCCCCUCAACAACCUGCUGGCCAGCAAGAUCUGGACCCCAGACACCUUCUUCCAUAACGGCAAGAAAUCUGUCGCACACAACAUGACCACGCCCAACAAACUCCUGAGGCUGGUGGACAACGGAACCCUGCUGUACACCAUGCGGCUAACGAUCCACGCUGAAUGCCCCAUGCAUUUGGAAGAUUUCCCAAUGGAUGCUCAUGCUUGUCCAUUGAAGUUUGGAAGCUAUGCCUACACUAACAAUGAGGUGGUUUACCUUUGGACCAAAGGCCAGAACAUGUCUGUCGCAGUAGCGGAGGACGGCUCCAGGCUCAACCAGUAUGACCUGCUGGGGCAUGUUACUGGCAAAGAGACUAUCAGCUCCAGCACAGGAGAAUACAUAGUGAUGACCACAUACUUCCACCUGAAAAGGAAGAUUGGCUACUUUGUGAUUCAGACGUACCUGCCCUGCAUCAUGACUGUGAUAUUGUCUCAGGUGUCCUUCUGGCUCAACCGAGAGUCCGUCCCCGCCCGCACCGUGUUUGGGGUCACCACCGUGCUCACCAUGACCACCCUGAGCAUCAGCGCCCGGAACUCCCUCCCCAAGGUGGCGUACGCCACCGCCAUGGACUGGUUCAUGGCUGUCUGCUACGCCUUCGUCUUCUCCGCCCUCAUCGAGUUCGCCACCGUCAACUACUUCACCAAACGCAGCUGGGCGUGGGACGGCAAGAGGGAGGGGCAGGUCGUGAGGCCCUCGUGUGGAAUGCAGCAGAGUGGCACAGCGGAGGGGAGCGCCCCCUACUGGACGCAGAGAAGAGAAUCUACAUCACUUUCCAAAAAGGCCAACAAUACGUUUAACAUCGUCGGAACGACCUACGCCAUCAACGUCGCCAAAGAUCAGGGUCUGACCACCAUCGCCAAGAGUGCCACCGCAGCCCCGGUGAAGUUCUCGCGCAUGGAAGAGCAGUUCAUUGAGGGGAAGAAGUCCUACAACCGCGUCAGCCGAGUGGACCAGAUCUCCCGCAUCAUCUUCCCCGUGCUCUUCUUCAUCUUCAACCUGGUCUACUGGGCCACCUACGUCAACAGGAAGCCCACCAUCAUGACAUCAAACCCACAGAAGUGAACUCUGAAAACCACCAAGUCAAUUCCAUACAUUGGGCUCAACACCACUGAACUGGCUGAAGCAUCUUUAGAGCGAAUGCGUUGGCAGACCACUGUACACACAUUUCUCAUGGCUUAUGUAAGUGCUGCACACACAUGUUGCCAGCUGACUUGUUUUGAAAUAUGAUGAUACUGAUCCAUUUAGAAAAAGGCCACUGGGACAACGUCAGCUUUAUAAAUCAGAUCAAUGGCUGUGAGCAUGUAGGGAAAGUUAUAUCUCAGCUUUCAUUCAGAAAACAUUCACACAAUGUUUCCCUUUCUAAGGUCAUGCUUAUAGGACACCCAUAGCCAUAUACUCCCAUACCCACUCCUGAGUCCAUGGGAGUAGAGUAGUCUUUGGGACAGUGAAAGAACGUUCCCUAGCUUCUUUAUUUUUGCCCUUUUAUUUUUGGAAGAGUGAAAUGUGAAAGUUCAUUAUGCAGUGUGAAUAAUGUUCCUGUACCGAGCAGAGGUCACUGCAGGACAAUCGUGCCGUUUGUAUCUGUGGACGGCAGUGAAGGUCUGACUGUGCGUGGCUUUCUGUCCAGAGCUGCUCAUCCUCGUUUCUGAUUGGCUCACGCUCUGAUGGCUGUCAGGCCUCAGAGGGUGGUGCUUGGCAAGGGACACUCAUGUACAAAAGCGAAAAUAUAUAUAUAAAUGUAAGCUAUAUAUUUUCAUGAUAGUCGUACAUAGGAUGCACAUGUUUAUAGAUGAUAUACAAUCUCCACACAAUAUAUAAUCUUUCUGAUAAUAAUGAAGUAGGUAGUGGUAGAUUGGUAGUAGGCAGUAGUCAGCGAUAUAUGGACAUUGUGUGAGAGCAAAUGGCAAACACUAUAUUUACAUGUGAUUCUACACACGCAUAUAUUGUGCAUUUUGUAGAUAUUGUGAAUUCAGUGCAUUUGGAAAAUAAAUGGAAAAUGUCAUG